AAUUAUUCACGCAUGAAUUAAUAUUAUAUAGUCGAUGAUAAAACCGUAUUAAUCAUUUUUCUCGCAUACUAACUAACUACUUUUUUAGUAACUGUACUGAUUUCGCCAUUAUAUACUCAGAAAAGUAUAUAUUAUACUGUAUAUCAUGGACACAAAUAAUUAUUUAGAUACGUCUCUUAAAACUCUCUCAAAUGUUUUUCUUUCUUGCUUUCUUGUCUAAUAACAUGGAUAACUUCUAUAAUGAAUUUAAUCAAUUUAAAUCUAGAAAUGUAUGGAUAAACAAUACUUUAACAACUAAGGAACAGAUAUUGAAUGCAAAAGGAAGAAGUUAUGACAAUACCUUUACAUUAACUGAAAAUAUAUUAAAGUUGUUGCAAAGAAAAGGGAUAUUAUGUUAUAGGGUCAAACCGGUCAAAGUCUCUGACUUUAAUGAUGAAUUGGAAAAAAGAUUGGGGUAUGAUACUUGGAAAGAGAUAGUGUGUAUUUUCAAUAGGAAAAUAAAUACAGAAAAGACCUUUAAGAUUCAAGUUGCACAGCAUUCUGAGAAAUGCCCUAAAAAAAUCUUCAUCCUUUACUUCUGUUACGCCAAUAGUUUUGGCGGUUUGGAGCAAGUCUAUUGCAAAAUCAAAUGGACCAUGAUAUCCAUUGGGCCCUGUGACCUGGUCGGAGCUCAAACUUGCCUUUGUAUAGGUUUGCACCAGCAACCAAGUAUUGAACACACAUAUUGCGAUUUCGAUGCUUCAUUUCCAUUGAAUGGAAUGUCUUGA